GCAGACAGCCGACUAUAUUUAGCAACAGCAACAAAACAGGCAGCCGAAUCAGCUGACUGGAGGCAGGGAGCCUGAUGCACGGUUUAGUUUUAGACAGCACAUAUUCUGCACUGAAAACAGGGAGGGAGAGAGCAAGGGAGAGACGUGGGAGCCUGGGGAGCUGAAAGCCACCCGUCCCUCUGCACCAGCAGCAGCACAGCCAUGGCACCCCGGAUAAGAUUGAGUCUUUCAAAGCCUCUCCCAACCAUACGUGAAACCUAUGAGGAAGCAAUGGAAGAUUCAACCAGCAACAUGAAACGCACUGGAAGCACUGCAGCCAGCCCAGACUCGUACUCCAGCGAUGAUUACAUUCAGUCCAUCUGCCACCUCGCCAGACCCACCUUCCCGGGCCUUCCUGAAAGCAGCCGUAAGCUUCAGGAUAGAAAGACCCUGAAGAUCCUUGAAGACGUGCCAUGGUCUCCAUCCCUUGGUGGGACACAGCUGGAAACGUCAAAAUGUAAACUGACCGAUUUCAUCUCAAAUAUGGUGCCACCAGGAAAAGUCACACCUGAAGAACCCGACUUCUGGUCCAGAGAGGACCCCCUGGCACAGAUUUACACCCAUGCGGGAAAGCUCUGCUCCUCCAAGGCUUCUUUGUAUGACAAAAGCUCCGGCACUGGUUACGCACGGUGCAACUCUUCUGCCCCCAACAGCGAACUUCAUCCCCCAGCCAUGAAAGAAAAAGCCACAGGGAAAUCCAAUUUUCCACAAGUGUUUGGUUUUCCAAGGCUUCCCUCCCCCAGACCAGUGCAGAAAGAAGCAGUCUGCUCAGAGCUGAGGUAUCUCAGAAGGGAAGAGGGAACAGUUUUAGGGAGUAACCGCAGUCAGAAAGAAAACGGCCCUGCUUUCAUUAACAGCGAAGAGCUAUCCCCAUCCCCAGCUGGAGGGAAGCUAGUAGGUAACCCAGCCUUGCACUGCUCUGUAAGCAGGCAGAGUUAUUUGUUCAGUACAGCAGGCACCGAAGAAAAAGGGAGAAAAACUUCUCACUGUGACAAAAAUGUAAUGGGUGAUGUCCUCACUAAGCAGAGAUACUCUGAGUGUUUCCAGGUACCUAAAAAAGCCAUGAUCCACAACUGGAUUUCAGAGCACAGAUGCAUCUGGAAAGAAGCAAAGGUAAAAGCUUGUUUGCUCCCAGCCAUUGCUGAAGUGUGAAGAAGUAGCUGCUCAGAAUAAUUUUAUUCACAAGAUAUAACCACCCUGUGCUCUAAAAGCUCUCCCUGGAGUCCUUACACAGAAAACAUGGCUUGAAUGUGCAUGCAAAUGAGGCAGACUUUUGUGACCCAUCAUAUCCCUCAUCAGUAGGCAAAGGGACAAUUCAGACUCUCAUUCACUAAGGAAACAGCAAUUAGUUCUCAUUUUGGAAAGGCAACAGUUCAUAAAGCAUCUACCCCCAGCGACUGCCUAGAACUGCCCUGAGCAUGAAGACAAGCUGGCGAGAGUACAAACCCCAUCUGUUCUGGAGGAGAAGUGAUCUGCGGGAACAUCAAACCACUGGUGUUUUCCACCAAAUGCUGCACAGCCAGAUGUUGCUCACACUUGGUACGGUUACUCUGAAAGGAACAUUUUGGCCGAUGCUUGGACAGACUAAAUGUGCUCUCUCUGACGUAUACCUUUACUAGGAGACCCAGUAUAGAUCACUGCAUCGACACCAGAAUACCACUGAACAGGUCACCUGUUAGUGCAGUAGCAUAAAGAAAUAUUUUAAAAAAAUAAUAAUGUCUUGGUUUUCUAGAGGGCAACAUGGACAAUAUUACAACUCCUCCGGGAGCGGAUUUGCUUGUUGCUUACCCUGGCACAACCUUGUUACCUUUACUUCUUGAUUUACCCUCAGCAGGAGGAGAGCUGGGAGAGAGGCCCUGGGUGGGCAUUGCCGUGCCAGUGCCACGGCUGUCCUGGAGCUGUAACCACCUGCGAUGCCAGCUGUAAAAGAACAGGUAUCAGGCUGGUCUCUGCCCUGUCACCACCCCCCCCAGCCAGGCUGCACACCGUGGGCACCCUCAGAGUUUGCUGCAUGGGUGCAGCAGCACCACGAGCUCGAACAGCAGCUCAGUGGCACAAGAGCAGCUUUGAGGGGCAGCCUGGGGAUGCUGGGCUGGUGGUUACAGGACCUGAAUGUAAAAUAAUAAUGUCUGGGUUUCAUAUCUGUGCUUCUGUAUUCUCAUCUACCUGACCAUGCUAACGAUGCUUUGCCUGGUGCUGUGAGACUGAAAUAUGAGAAAAACCACAGUGUAAGUGUGGUACAACCAUCCGGCACAUAACAUAUAUGAAACAAUACAGUUGGCGUUAGUGCUACAUGGGAUGUCUGUGGGAAGACAAGCAUUCCCGCAUUGCUGGAAGAUGCCAGCGGGGUGUGGUGAGCACACACCAGGUCGUCCCUUGCUGCUGCAUGGGGACAUCUCCGUCCAGAGAAAGUGUCUCUCCUCAGCGCUUUCUCCUACAGCCAGAGCAGCCUCACGUACCUGCGUCUGCUACAGCACUCUCCGUAGCCAGCCAAGAGAAGUAGGUGAGAAAACUGCAAAGCAAUACUAGUCUAAUUAUUAUUACUACUACUAGGAAUAAAUCUUUUGGCACAGAAGAGAGCAGAGGGACCAGGCUGUUUGUUCAACAGCAGCUACGAUGGGAAAUACCAUUGGAAACUUGCAAUUAUAAAAAUGCUCACAAGCGAUUUCCAAACCACCCUCGAGCAGAUUAAAUCAGAAGGCAACUUCUGCUCAGUACCAACAUGAGUGUAAAUACACUUGAGGAUCAAAAGGUGAGCAUAUUUCUGCUUCUCAUUCUCACAUCUCUUACCUCAAACAUUUUUUCUCCUGUUGAAACUCAUUAGUGCUAUGGAGCUGAACUGCGUCUCAUCUUCGUUUUUGAACUAACCACACAGCAAGAACAAAAGCGAAGGUGGCUCCAGCAUUUAUUAGAGCUGAUGGAGAGAGUUGAGUUGGGGAGGUGCCAGCCCGCUCUGCCUCCUCCACACCUUUCCCUUCCUUCUCAGGUCAAUGCUGGGAUUUAAGUGAUGUUUGUCCUUCACUGCACUGCUGACAUUUUAAUUUCUCUCCAUGUGAAUAUUUAUGACACUAAUGCCUAGAAAGUCUUGUGCCAACUGCAUGUACCGCUGCUUUUGACAGAGCAAACAAAUAAAACCAUUACAUCAA